GAACCAGAACCAUAUCAAUUGUGUUUGUUACUGUUACAACAUCUGCUUCAGUUUAAUUAUGAAGGGACUUGUGUUUGUUUCUGUGGCCUGUUUUGUUGUGGGUCUUGUUUACGGUUCGGCCAUUCCUGUUUGGGAGUUUUUGAAGCGGGAGGAAAAGACUUCGUUUUUGUACUCCGUCUUCGCUGGAGACGCCGAGAAGUUGUGCACCUCAAUUCACACGUCGGAUUGUCUGAAGGGGACUUUGAAGUACGGCUUGGACAAGCUCAAGGAGUUGAGUGAUGAGGAUUUGGACGGCUUGGAUCCGUACCAACGUGAUGGCAACAACUUAAUUUGGAGGAGCUUGAUGAAGGGCCACAAGUACGAAGGAGAAACUCCGGUACCGCAAACCACGACGACGGCAAAACCCAACAGCUACGAUGACGAAUCGUUCGGUGACCUGGACUUUGGUUCUGAAGGAAGCGCCUCGGCCAAAAUCGACAACGUUUACCGGGUACCACCGCCGAAAGGCUUCGUCGGCAAGUACGAGCCGCAGUUCAACAGCCCCCAAGACUAUUUGGGCGGACCCGUGAUGUAUUUCGUGUAUCCCGAUGGACGACCCGUCGACGACAAGCCUAAAGUACCAAUAGAUGAGGACCUGAGGCAGUACCAGUGGUCCAAAAUCAAGCUGCCCAACUUUUAAUUUAACGUAGACUAAGUUAACUUAUUAUUUAUUGUAUGUACGACUGUGAUUUAAUAAAGUUAAGCAACAUUAAAAA